UGCCCCGCCUUUACGGCUAGAUGGAGCCCGAGUCCGCGUAGUUGGGGCAAAUCCAGUUCCGAAAUUUUCAUCUCGCCAUUCUUCUGCCAUCUCCAUGUGAAGCCCCGCUUCGCAAAACCAGUUUCUCAUUUUCUUCCAGGGCUUCGCUCCGCAAACAAGCCGAUUCCGGGAGAUCCUUCGGCAGCUCGGAGUAGCAGCGCUGGAUUGCUUUGGACGCUCCUCUGCCCUGCCUGCCUCCUGCUCCUCGCACCGGGGGCCGCCUGCGGUGGAAGGAGGCUUCUUCUUCCGAGGGUGGAGAAGAGUGAUCUGUGUGCGAAAUAAGGAGCUUUCCCGCUGCCCACGUUGCCCCCCUCUCCAAUGAACGGAUAUUAGACACUGACUGCGAUCCGCGCAGCAUCAUCUUCAUGGAGAAUACAGCGCAGGGGAGCGCGCUUCAGCACGCGGAAUGAAAGUCGACGCGUUUCCUUAAGCCGCGCUGCCUUCGAGUGAAGCGGCUUCGGCUCGCAAGAACCGCGCUCCGAGGGGAGAAAGGACAGUUGUAUGAGAAACAAAACAACGAAUAACGGCAGCGAUCUCGGCUGUUUUUCAAUGGAAAGACUUGAAGAGGAUCGAUGCUGCAGCCUCGUCUGCAGCUCGUGAGAUGUGGUAAGGAUGCUCGGCACAUUUUGACGCGUCCCUAACUGAGGACUGAACAGGCUUGGUGGAUCUGAAAUGUGAAGUCGUGGGAUUUAUACAAAAAAAUCACUUUCAACAGGCAAGCGACAUUUCCAGGCCCAGGCCCAGGCCCUCUGCCCUUUCCAGGAUCCCGAGAAGCGGCAGGGGACACACACGCGCAGCUGCUCAGGGGCUCGGCCAGGGACGGGGCUCGCCUCCACACCAGGAGCGAUGUGGGCCACGCGGCUGCUGCUCCUCACCGCUCUCCUCCCGCCCGCGGCGCAUGCUUUUAGCCGAGCGCCCGUUCCAAUGGCUGUGGUGCGGAGGGAGCUAUCCUGUGAGAGCUACCCCAUCGAGCUGCGCUGCCCUGGCACUGACGUCAUCAUGAUCGAGAGUGCCAACUAUGGUCGUACAGACGACAAGAUCUGCGAUGCUGACCCGGCCCAGAUGGAGAACACUCGCUGCUACCUGCCUGAUGCGUACAAGAUCAUGUCCCAAAGGUGCAAUAAUCGAACACAGUGUGCCGUAGUUGCCGGACCAGAUGUUUUCCCAGACCCUUGCCCUGGAACCUACAAGUACCUGGAAGUUCAGUACGAAUGCGUUCCAUACAAAGUGGAACAACGAGUUUUCCUGUGCCCGGGCUUGCUGAGGGGAGUCUACCAGAGUGAGCACCUCUUUGAGUCGGAUCACCAGUCUGGGGCCUGGUGCAAGGACCCUCUCCAGGCGUCGGACAAGAUUUACUACAUGCCAUGGACCCCUUAUAGGACAGACACCUUGACAGAGUAUUCAUCCAAGGAGGACUUUAUUGCUGGACGGCCAACCACCACGUACAAGCUGCCGCACCGUGUUGAUGGCACCGGCUUCGUAGUCUACGAUGGCGCCCUGUUUUUCAACAAGGAGCGUACACGUAACAUAGUCAAGUUUGACCUACGCACACGCAUCAAGAGCGGUGAGGCUAUCAUUGCCAGCGCCAACUACCAUGACACCUCACCCUACCGUUGGGGCGGUAAGUCAGACAUCGACCUGGCUGUGGAUGAGAAUGGCCUAUGGGUUAUCUAUGCCACUGAGCAGAACAACGGCAAAAUCGUCAUCAGCCAGCUGAAUCCAUACACAUUGCGUAUCGAGGGCACCUGGGAUACUAGCUAUGACAAGCGAUCAGCCUCCAAUGCCUUCAUGAUCUGCGGGAAUCUCUAUGUGGUGAAGACGGUCUAUGAGGAUGAUGACAAUGAGGCCACGGGGAAUAAGAUUGACUACAUCUACAAUACAGAGCUGAGCAAGGACGGCUACCUGGACAUUCCCUUUCCCAACUCGUACCAGUACAUUGCUGCAGUGGAUUACAAUCCCAGAGAUAACUUGCUGUAUGUAUGGAACAACUACCAUGUGGUGAAGUACUCUCUGGAUUUUGGGACGAUGGAUAAUAGACUUGAAUCGUCCUCGUCUGUGCUGGUGUACAUGGAUACAACAACGACAAGGACCACCACCAGGCCGACUCCACUGGUCACCGUGACGCGGACAUUCACGACGUCCACCGCAGGUCAGCGAGCCAGGAGCACCGCGGCGGUGCCGCCAGCAGAGGGUGACAAACUGGAGCUCACUAUGCGACCGGCACUUACCUCCCAGCUCCCCAAUGUGGCCAUGGAUUACUGCAGCCCUGUGGAGCAGGCUGAUGUGUCCUGGCCCAGAACGCACCAGGGGCAGGUUGCUAGGCAGCCAUGUCCUGCGGGAACUAUAGGGAUCGCCACGUAUACGUGUGUGCCGCAUGAAGGCUACUGGGACCCCCAAGGCCCUGACCUCAGCAACUGCACCUCCCCCUGGGUCAGUCACAUAACUCAAAAACUGAAGACGGGGGAGACGGCAGCCAUCAUUGCCAGGGAGCUCUCGGAACAGACCAAGAGCCACGUGCAUGCAGGAGAUGUCUCCUAUGCUGUCAAGGCCAUGGGACAGCUGGUGGACCUGCUAGACGUCCAGCUCCGGAACUUGACCCCCGGAGGAAAGGACAGUGCAGCUCGCAGCUUGAACAAGCUCCAGAAAAGAGAGCGAUCCUGCAGGUUUUUUGUACAGGCCAUGGUGGAGACAGUGAAUAAUCUCCUGCAACCCCAGGCUCAGGCGGCCUGGAGGGAGCUGUCCACUGUGGAGCAGCUGAGGGCGGCCACCAUGCUUCUGGACACAGUGGAGGAAGGCGCCUUCAUGUUGGCAGACAACCUGCUUAAGACAGAUAUUGUGCAAGAGAGCACGGAAAACAUCCAGCUGGAAGUUGCAAGAUUAAGCACGGAUGGGCAUUUGACAGACCUAAGAUUUCCUCAGUCAGAAGGACAUGGGAACUCUAUCCGAUUGUCUGCCAGCACCUUGAGGCAACAUGGGAGAAAUGGUGAGAUUCGGAUGGCCUUUGUUUUGUACAAGAACCUGGGAGCCUACCUUUCCACUGAGAAUGCCAGCAUGAAGCUGGGAAGCGAGGCCAUGGCCACCAACUACUCUGUCAUUGUCAACUCCCCAGUCAUCACUGCCGCUAUUAACAAGGAGAGCAACAAGGUGUACCUGUCGGAGCCUGUCAUCUUCACCGUCAAGCACCUGCAGCAAUCUGAGGAAAACUUUAACCCAAACUGCACUUUCUGGAGCUACUCAAAGCGAACAAUGACAGGGUACUGGUCAACUCAGGGUUGCCGGCUGGUGGGGACCAACAGGACACACACCACCUGUUCGUGCACACACCUGACCAACUUUGCUGUUCUCAUGGCUCACGUCGAGGUCAAGAAUGUUGACCCUGUCCAUGACCUUCUGCUGGACGUUAUCACAUGGGUGGGCAUUCUGCUGUCGCUGGUCUGUCUGCUCAUCUGCAUCUUCACCUUCUGCUUCUUCCGUGGCCUCCAGAGUGACCGCAACACCAUCCAUAAGAACCUUUGCAUCAGCCUCUUUGUUGCCGAGUCGCUCUUUCUUGUCGGAAUAAAUCGAGCUGAUCAGCCGAUUGCUUGUGCGGUCUUUGCCGCCCUUCUUCACUUUUUCUUUCUGGCGGCCUUCACUUGGAUGUUCCUUGAGGGGGUACAGCUCUACAUAAUGCUAGUGGAGGUCUUCGAGAGUGAGCAUUCACGCAGGAAGUACUUCUACCUGGUGGGCUACGGGGUCCCAGCCCUCAUCGUGGCUGUGUCCGCUGCUGUGGACUACCGGAGCUACGGGACAGACAGAGUGUGCUGGCUUCGGCUUGACACAUACUUCAUCUGGAGUUUCAUAGGUCCAGCAACCUUGAUAAUUAUGCUCAAUGUGAUCUUCCUUGGAAUUGCACUGUACAAAAUGUUCCACCAUACAGCCAUUUUAAAACCAGACUCUGGAUGCUUGGACAACAUAAAAUCCUGGGUCAUAGGAGCAAUUGCCCUUCUUUGUCUUCUUGGCCUGACCUGGGCAUUUGGAUUGAUGUAUAUAAAUGAAAGCACCGUCAUCAUGGCCUACCUCUUUACGAUAUUUAACUCACUACAAGGGAUGUUCAUUUUCAUUUUUCACUGCAUCCUGCAAAAAAAGGUCCGAAAGGAGUAUGGCAAGUGCCUGCGCACACACUGCUGCAGCGGGAAGAGCGUGGAGACCUCCAUUGCCUCAGGGAAAAGCACGGCGUCUCGGACCCCUGGCCGCUAUUCAACAGGCUCGCAGAGCCGAAUCCGCCGAAUGUGGAACGACACUGUCAGGAAACAGUCUGAGUCUUCCUUUAUUACAGGCGACAUAAACAACUCCGCCACGCUGAACCGAGGAGCCAUGGCUAACCAUCUUAUAACUAAUGCCCUGCUUCGACCUCAUGGCACUAACAAUCCCUAUAACACGUUGCUUGGGGAAUCGGCGGUCUAUAACAACCCUUCUGUGAGCAUGUACAACACACAAGCCCCCUACAGAGAGACAAAGGGAAUCCUGAACAAUGCCAGGGAUACAAGUGUCAUGGAUACUCUACCACUGAAUGGUAACCAUGGCAACAGUUAUAACAUGGCCAGCGGCGAAUACAUGAGUGACUGCGUUCAAAUCAUUGACCGCGGCUACAACCACAAGGAGACGACGCUAGAGAAGAAGAUCCUGAAGGAACUCACCUCAAACUAUAUCCCCUCCUACCUGAACAACCACGAGCGAUCCAACGAGCAGAACCGAAACCUCAUGAACAAGCUGGUCAAUAACGUGAGCAACAGCAGCAAAGACGAACCUGCUGCCCUGGACCGCCCGGUCACCUUCAACCAUGAGGAAGCCCUGGGCCUGGAGCUCAUUCGGGAGGAGUCCAAUGCUCCCCUGCUUCCGCAGCGCGUCCAGUCCGCCGAAAACCACCAGCCCCACCACUUCUCCAGGAGGAGGGUCCCACAGGAAAACAGCGACAGCUUCUUCCCACUGCUCACCAACGAGCACACAGAGGAGAGCCAGUCUCCUCACAGGGACUCGCUUUACACCAGUAUGCCUGUGCUCACCGACUUACCUGAUGCGGAAACCGACGGCGUGAAAGAUGAGAGUGAGCUUCCCACGAGUAAGAGUGCCGAGGCAGAUGAUGUUUACUAUAAAAGUAUGCCAAACUUGGGCUCCAGAAACCACAUCCACCAGCUGCACAAUUACUACCAGAUGGGAAGAGGAAGCAGUGAUGGAUUUAUAGUUCCUGCAAACAAGGAAGAUUCGUCUCCCGAAGAGGCCCCACCGGAGCCGUCGCACCUGGUCACCAGCCUUUAGAGGGCGCUCCCUUCCAGUGGUUUCUCGUUCUGAUCAACCGUCUGCAAUGGUAGCUUUCCCCCCUACAUGUUCUGAAAACAUUAAUUCCAUUUGAAUACUGAUAGAUAAAUGAAAACGUGGUGGGCAACAGAAAGACUUGACCAUCCCAUGAGAAGAGGACAAUUUCUCAAAUGAACUGAUGUUCCUAGAGUACUUCUGCUAGUUACUUUUAUGUCUCAGUCCCACCAUUUUUGUUACUGAGGUGUGUAAGGGUGCAACUUCUGGACCGUUUGUGACCUCGGGGUAGAGCCCUCACCUGGAUACUCCUUGCAUCAUCUGU